CGCGCACCGAAAACUGUCACGAGCACGUUUCGCCGCAGCGGGUCCGAUAGAGGGGGGAAGAAAACACGAAAAAGUGUCUUCACUUGUUUUUUUCCAGUGGUACCGAGGUUGCGUGCGGGCUUGUGUAGGGAAAUGGUUUUCUGUGAAGCGGUGAAUGAAAUUAUAUAAUCACAGCUAGCGGCCGGAACUAACAACUGUCGGGCGCCCAUUUUUCCGAAACCAAGCAAAAGGCGUAGCAACCAGCACCAGCACCACCACCCAGGCGGGACGGCCCACUAGCUUCGUUCGACUUACAAUAUUGCACAAAUUGUGUGUCCGUACAUGUUGGGAUAAAAUCAUCCAAAGCAGGCGAUGACGACGGGUAGCACGGGAUCAACAUUCCCCAAAUGGCAGCUAGCGCUGCUGAUCGGUACGCCCGUGGCCAUCGGUCUCGGCUACCUGUACUGGCGCAAAUCGGGCGACCAGGGCGGCGACAAGCUGACCAAGAAGCGAUUGGCCGACCUGAAGGACAAAACCAUCUCGCUCGAUGGUGACACGUCGGAGGCCGCCGGCAAGCAGCAGGCGCCCGAUGCGAAACCGCUGACCGGGCGCGAUCUGGCCAACAAGCACAAGACGGACGGCAACGCACACUUCCGGGUGGGGAAGUACGACCUGGCGAUCCGGGAGUACGAUGCGGCGAUCGAGCACUGUCCCACGUACGAGGCGACAGACCGGGCCACCUACUACCAGAACCGGGCGGCCGCGUACGAGCAGCUACAGAACUGGGCGGCCGUCAUUAAGGACUGCACCAGCGCGAUCGAGUGCAAUCCGGCGUACGCGAAGGCGCUGGUCCGCCGGGCGAAGGCGUACGAGCAGCAGCAGGAUCUGUCGCGCGCGCUGGAGGACAUUACGGCCGCCUGCAUAGUGGAUCGGUUUCAGAACAAAGCGACACUGGUCAGCGCGGAUCGCAUACUGCGGGAGUUGGGCCAGCAGCAUGGGCGGGAAGCGAUGAAGAGCAAGAAACCGACCUACCCGUCGAAGCAGUUCCUCAAGAGCUACUUCAGCUCGUUCAACAACGAUCCGAUCGGCAAGCUGGUCGUGGCCAGCACGGAACAGAAGGGUUUCAUCAAGGCAAAGGCCCUGUUCGACAGCGCCGAGUACGAGGGCAUUGUCGCUGCCUGCACCGAGGAGCUGGAGAAGAGCGAGUCCGAGUCGGAGUACAAGCUGGAGGCGCUGCUGCUCCGCGGCACCUUCUACAACCUGAUCGCCUGCUACGAGGAAGCGAAACAGGACCUGGACGCGGUAAUUGAGCUGGAAACGGCGGACAAGCGGCUCCGCUCGAACGCCCUCAUCAAGCGGGCCUCGCUGGCCAUGCAAACGGAGCCGGAUUCACCGGGCGAAUGCUUCAAGUACUUUGCGCGCGCCGAAACGAUCGACAGCACGAACGGGGACAUCUUCCAUCACCGCGGCCAGGUGUACAUACUGACCGACCGGAUGGACGAUGCGAUCGCGGACUUUGAGCGAGCGUACCAGCUCUGCCCCACGUCCGGCAUCAUUGCGACGCACCUGUGCUACGCCUCGUACCGGCAGGCGGCCCAAAACCGGGACGAAUCGGCCAUCGGGCGCAUCCGCAAGCGGUUCAACGAGAUACUGGACCAGUACGCGGACUGCGUCGAGUGUUACAGCAUCCUCGCCCAGGUACUGACCGAGGAGCAGAAGUUCGAUGAAGCGGACAGCUGCUUCGCCCGGGCACUGAAGGUCGAGCCGGACAAUGCGCAGAUCUACGUGCACCGGGGGCUGCUGCAGCUGCAGUGGAAGGGCGACAUCGACGAGGGCGUGAAGCUGAUCAAGAAAGCAAUACAGAUCGAUGGCAAGUGCGAGUUUGCGUACGAGACGCUCGGCACGAUCGAGGUGCAGCGCGGCAAUCUGGUCGAGGCGAUCAAGCUGUUCGAGCGGGCGAUCGAGCUGGCGCGUACGGAGAUGAGCCUGGUGCAUCUGUACUCGCUGAAGGAUGCGGCGGUCGCGCAGGUGGACGUGGCGAAGAACAUGGGCUUGAGUAUUAGCAACAUUCAGCCGAACUUUUAAGCGCAGUGUACCAGUACGUACCCACGAGAAGCAGGCCUUGGUUUUGUAUGCUAAAGCGUUGUAAGGAAAGCUGCUGCCGCGGCGUGCGCUUGUGGUGGAAUUGAUUCCACAUAAUUCCGACGACUCCCCUCCCCCCAUCCCCAAUACGUUUAUAAUUUAUCGUUUAGCGUGAAGCAUUAAUAGCAAGCAGUCAUGGUUGUAUGCAAUUGCAUUGGCUCACCUAAUGUGGUGUGUGUGCCCAAUGUGUUCCAUAUCACCAGUUUUGUUUUCUGUUUCUUUCGUCUCCCGGUGUUAUGCUUGAAUUACGUUGUGUGCAACAAUCGAAUAAAACGAGCCGGGAUUUAAUUUAGGUCAUACAAACAAACAAACAAA